CUCAGGCAGCAACCUGCUGUGUUAUAGAUCUAAUGAGAUACAAAGUGUUGUUGUGUUACUGUACUGUAUGGAUUUGAAGCUUUAUAUUGAGAGUUAAAGAGAGGCAGUUCAAUGGCUGGAAGAAAGGUAACACAGUAUGGCAAUGCUAUUGGGGCAAUGUAAUAACUGUCACAGUUUAUUCCAGGUCUAGUGUCACAGAGCAACCGAUGCUUUCAGCCAAUGUCACAUGAUGCCCUUACUGCCCAACUGGUUUUUUUGACAGUUGGCUGCAAAGCUAGAGAUCGCUGCCUGUUGCCUGCUCUCACUGUAAGUACAUUUUCCUGCUAAAUAUGGAAAGAAUCCUGUUAUUACAUUGCUAAUUCAUUAAUAGGGAGACAUUGCCAGUCCUUGGGCUGCACUGAAUAAAAAUUAAAAGCACAAGAAGUAUGAUUUUGCCCAUAUCCAGUGGGCUCACUGGCACGUGGCUUUCUAUUGUAAUUACAGCAAUACUGACACUUCUCUAUACAUUUUUAUUCAUCCCAUUAAUAUUUCCUCCUCAUAUUUGUACUUUCUAUUAUAUUUAGUGUAAUAUUAGUGCUGAUUAUAUCAAAGUUAUGGGCUCCCUAUUCUUUAGCCAUUGCUGAUAAUGGAUGGUAGGUUGGCGGUUGAUGACAAGAGCUGCUGUAAGCUGCCAUAGACUGAUGCUUUAUAUAGUCUGAGGGGAGUUGUUUGGACCUUGGUGUAAUUGAAAUGCCAGGGCCAGGGGCUAAUUCAUUAAGAGGGAGGCAUUGCCAGUCCUUGGGCCAGUGUACUGAGACUGUUUUGACCGUAUUUUGAUGCUUUCACUGGCACGUGACUCCCUAUUGUAGUUGCAGUGAUACUGACACUUCUCUAUACAUUUUUAUUAAUCAUAUACAUAUUUUUUUGCACAUUAUCCCUAUAUAAUAUAUUUAGUGUAACAUUAGUGCUGCUUAUAUCAGAGUUAUAGGUUCCUUAUUCUUUAGCCAUUACUGAUAAUGGAUGGCAGGUCUGGAAACUCUGGUCAAUGCCAAAGGGGCUGCUUUAUAUUGGGCCUGAGGGGAGUUGUUUGAACCUCUGAAUACUAGUCCAGACAUGGGCAGCUGGGUAAUGAUUGGAAGAAAGGGAAUGCAUUAUGGCAGCACUUUUGGGGCAAUAUAAUAAUAGUCACAAAGUUUGUACCAGAUCUAGCAUCACAUGGCAGCCAAUCAGAUGCUUGAUUUCCAAUGAUAUCCCAUGAUGCAGUUAGCUGCACAGCUACAGAUCCCUGCCUGUUGCCUGCUCUCUCUCUGUAAGUACAUUUUCCUGCAUCAUUAAGCAGUUUCCAUGAGAUGUUUUUAAUUCCAUGUUCUUUUCUUUUACAGGAGAAAAGGUGAUGGGUUGCUGUCAAACUAUUUCAUCUAAAUCCAAGGUAAAGGGAUUCUCUUCUCUUUUUCAAUAUAUACAUGUAAGAGAAUGCCCAUGCCCACCGUCUUAAUGCCCAUAAUGGCACAGGGCAAAGUGUGCACUAUUCACAUAUGGGCAUAAAACUUUCACUUAGGUUAUAGCAUAGCUUGUGUAUAGUUGCAAACACAAUAUUUUACUGGGCAAAAAUUAACAUGGUCACUUGAUGGUCAAACAGAUUUUUUUGUACUCAGCACAUUGCCCACAUAUAUAAAUGAGCCUUUGUGUGUUUGUUUAAUAUUCUGCCUGUCAUUUAAUAUUCUGCGUGUCUUCACCUUUACAGAACUAUUCCAAUUUUGAACCUAUAUUUGUGAAGAUUCAUGAAAUAACUGAUGUGCUGGAGCCUCCGGUGGAAUUCAUUGCCACUGUAGAGAUGCCCGACCACCCGGUGCCAUUAAUGGAUUCUCCUGAAGUGAUUGAGCCUCCUGAUGUUGGAAUGUCUCACACUGUUGGACAAAUGAUCCUAGAACAGGAGGAGGGUGGAUUUGAGCCAGAAGAGGACACGGUGGCAAACUUCACUCCCACCUCCUUUAGUGUCCCCUCAGCUGUAAGUACAUUCCAUGUAUUCUUUAAAAAAUUAUUCACAUAUAUAUCAGUCAUUUUAUGAUAUAUAAUUCCCUUUGUUCUCUAACAGUGUGAAGAAGCUUCCAAUGGCUCGGAGUCAGUCACUGAGCUACUAGGCGCAGAAGGACCCUCUGAUAGCGCCAUGCCCAGAUCUCUGGAAAACUUCAAUCUGGGAAAAGUAUUGGGUGAAGGCACCUUUGGAAAGGUGUUCCUGGCAGAGUACAAGGACACAAAACAACUGUGUGCCAUAAAGACCCUCAAGAAAGAGAGGAUUAUUGCCAAGAAUGAUAUCAAGAGUGUAUUCAAGGAGAAGCGAAUCCUUCAGAAGGUUACCAGCGCAGAGCACCCAUUCCUGGUUUCCUUAUACGCCACAUUCCAGAGUGAGAAUCACCUCUUUUUUGUAAUGGAAUAUCUUCCUGGAGGUGAUCUGUGCCAUCUGCUCGAGCAUCAAGGAGCAUUUGAGGAAUCAAAAGCCAUGUUUUACACUGCCUGUAUAGUGCUCGGCCUGGAGGAAUUGCACCGGAACAAUAUUGUUCAUAGAGAUCUGAAACUGGAAAAUCUAAUGGUGGAUGUACAUGGCUAUCUGAAAAUCGUGGAUUUUGGCCUGAGCAAAGAUGGUUUCAGAUAUGGAGAUCGCAGUAAGACCCGGUGCGGAACAAACUGCUACAUGGCCCCAGAGAUCAUUGAUGAGAUGGCAUACAGCAGGGCCGUUGACUGGUGGGCCCUUGGGGUUGUGUUAUAUGUCAUGAUCAUGUUCCAGUUCCCAUUUGAUGCAGAAGAUGACAUGGAAUUAUUUGAGAGCAUCAGGAAUGACAAACCUGCCCUGACAGAGGAAUUGUCAGAGGAAGCUCAGUGCCUAAUACUAAGAUUACUGGAGAAGAAUCCAUGUGAUCGCCUCGGAUACAGCGAGGCCGGUGCUGAAGAGGUUAAAGCCCAUGAAUUCUUUGAAGAUAUUGAUUGGGAAGAAUUUCUUGAAAGAGAACUGAUGCCUCCAUUUAAACCAGAUGUCAGUGGCCUUACAGAGAGUACCAGGCAAUCUGAAUGCCAAGCCUGGGGAUUAAUGCCACCAGCUGAAGCGAUAUCACCAGAGGCACAAGAGCUGUUUGAAGGAUUUGACUUUUCAGCUGAGUGAGAGGCAAUUGCAAGGGGCAGAUAUAUGGCUGGAAAGGGUGGGUGGUGGGCCAGUCCAUAUACAAAUCAGAAGCCUCAAUGACUUAAAGUUAAUAUCAGAUGCCCCAAGUCAUCAGUUUCUGAAGGAACAGUCUAAUGGCGGCGCCAAAGUAUCUGUACGUCAGCCUUAAGGGGCAGAGUUCUGGACUGAGAUUCAAAAGAGACCCUGGCAUUUCAAGUACAGAGAUCCGAACAGCCCCUUGUGGCAUUUUCCAGAAUCUACAGAUUGCCACUCUGGGCCUGCCCCAGAUACACAUGAGAAGCCUCAUUGGUACAAAAUGGAUAUCAUAUUCCCCGACAUCAACAAGUUGUGGAGGAACAGCCUAAUGGUGGAACAACAGUACCUGCAGGUGAGCCCACGUUCUUACAGAUAAACCCUUUAUAAGUUCAGUUACUAAAAGCCAUUAGUAAAUGUUAUGUACGUAUUAAAUAAAAAAAAAAAAUUGUGCCAUUUUAAAUGUUUCCACAGCAGAAACUUGCAGAUUACUAAACAAAAGUCUCCAUCUGCGUCAGCCAAAAAAGGUCUAGUACCAAGGUAAGAACCAACUCUUUCAUUUCACACCCAAUAUUUCAAGUCAAAAUGUAUUUUCAUAUUGGACCAACUUGUAUCUCAGGUUUAAUGGGCGUUUAGAUGAAAUUGCUGCUGUGUUUCUGUUUCUCAGGAGUGAGAUGGAGGCGACUGCGGUCAAAGGAAAUCUUAUUGAGUUCUCCCCUGCGCUCUCCUAGGAACCCAGGACAGGAAGGAGCUGCUCUCAUAUAUUUCAAGUUUUUCAAAAUACAUUUUCUAUUAGAUCAACCUGGGUUAUAAUUAAAGGGGAACUACUGUGAAAAUGGAAAUUUAAUAUAAGCUUUAUCUCAUGGAAAUUACCAAGUUACUCUUCACUCUCUCUUUCUCUGCAAUCUGCCUCUCUAUAGGAAAACUUUGUGCCGGUUAUUUUGAUAGACUGCUCUGAUACAUUGUCUAGGCAAAGAGAGCAUGUACCAUGAGGUAUUAGAGCUAAAUGUCCAUCAAACUCUGACUCUGACUCCUGCAUGGAAAGAGACAGAUUGCUGAGAGGGGGAUAGAGAAGAGAAUUUCAUUUGUCACAAACUGUGACUGAUUUUAUUGAUUAUACUUAUACAGUUUCUUACUACAAGGAGUUAAAGCUGAUAUUACAUUUUCACAGUAGUUCCCCUUAGUGACCAUUUAUUAAUUAUAUCUGUUUAUUUUCCAGGUAUGAGAUGGAACGGCUGAGCUCUCUGAGGAACCUCGGCCAGGAAGAAGCCAUUGCUGCCGAGCUCCACCAGGCGUCUCAUCUGCAACCCAAUCCAGGAAUGGGGAGAAAUGACAGGAUGAGCUGAAGAGCCAUGCCACCGGAUAAAGACGACGGUCUGCCAUUUCUGGGCAAUUCUGCAUUCAAAAGUUAUGGUUUAUGGUGGCCGCCCCUAUCCUGAUGGACCUGGCUAAAUGCCACUUUUGCCUAGUUAUUAAGCCUAACUUUAUGUAUGACACUAGAAGAACAAUGUAAAUAUAUGAAAAUAAAACAUGCUAUUUUUGAAAA